UGCAGCUUAGGGGAGGGGACCAGAGAAGAAGGGCCGAGCAAACCGGGAGGAGAGAGGAGGGGAGAUCCGCCACCUCCCUUCAUUGCUCACAGACUUGUUCCCUCCCGGUCUGCGGCUGCUGCAGCAGCAGUGGCGGCGGGACGCAGGAGCGGUCCCCAGGCUGGCAGCGGAUGAGACUGGGACGGACUGAGGCCGCUGGAUUUGCCACUGGCACUGCUGUUUCCCCACGGGCCCUCUCCUAUCUCCCUUCUCUAAGAUGGCAGCCAGCAGCUCUGAGGUCUCUGAGAUGAAGGGGGUAGAAGAUAGUUCCAAGACCCAGGCAGAAGGACCUGGCCAUUCUGAAGCUGGACUAGGUCCUGUCCAGGUUGUAGCAGAGAUUCCAGACCAGCCAGAGGCCCUUCAGCCAGGCCCAGGUAUCACGGCAUCCCCUGUAGACUCAGGACCUAAGGCUGAGCUGGCCCCAGAAACCACAGAGACCCCAGUUGAGGCCCCAGAAACAGUCCAGGCCACAGACCUCAGCUUAAACCCAGAAGAACCCAAGGCCAGCCCCAGCCCCAAAGAGGAAUGUCAAGAACCAGCAUCCAAACCAGACGGGAGCAAAGAGGCUGCAGAUCAGGGGUCUGAGCAGCAGUCUGCAGCCCCUCCUGAGCCAGUCUCAGAGCCUGCUUUCCAGUUAAACACCCAUGCAGACCCUCAGCCAACUUCCCAGCCUGCUCCUAAGCUACCCCUUCAGCCAGAGGCCCCCACCCAAGAGGACCCUGCCACUGAGGUCCUGACAGAGAGUAUAGGCGAAAAGCAAGAAAAUGGAGCAGUGGUUCCCCUUCAGGCUGGUGACGGGGAAGAGGGUCCAGCCCCCCAGCCUCAUUCAUCACCCUCAACUAAAACACCGCCAGCCAACGGGGCUCCCCCCCGUGUGCUGCAGAAGCUGGUUGAGGAAGACAGAAAAGGAAGGGUUCAUAGUGGGCAUCCAGGAUCUCCUCGAGGGAGCCUGAGCCGCCAUCCCAGCUCCCAACUGGCAGGGCCUGGGGUGGAAGGGGGUGAUGGCACCCAGAAACCUCGGGACUACAUCAUCCUUGCCAUCCUGUCCUGCUUCUGCCCCAUGUGGCCUGUCAACAUUGUGGCCUUCGCCUAUGCCGUCAUGUCCCGGAACAGCCUGCAACAGGGGGACGUGGAUGGGGCUCAACGUCUGGGCCGAGUAGCCAAGCUCUUAAGCAUCGUGGCGCUGGUGGGGGGGGUCCUCAUCAUCAUCGCCUCCUGCGUCAUCAACCUGGGCGGUGAGUGGGGGUCGGGGACAGGAAAGGGAGGAGCGGAAGGGUGGACAAGGGCAGCUUUACUAACCCCUGACCCUGCUCUCUCCUGUCUGUUCUCCCGAUUCCUUUGUCUCUCCCCGUCUCCCUCCCUGUCUGUCUGUCUCUCGCUCUCCUCUCCCACAGUGUAUAAGUGAGGGGCUCUGCCCUGCAUUCCAAGACUUUUCUUCCUGUUGGGAGCUGUCUUGGGUCCAUCCCUACCCUGGGGGAAGCCCAGUCCAUGGCCCUGGCCCCCAUCCCUAGGGACCAAGGGAGCCUGAGCAGCCUUGUUUACAGCCUCUUUCCUGCUCCUGCAUCCUGCCAGGCUCCUCUGCCAGCCUUAGGCUCCCUUUCUCCCUGCACUUUGGCCUGCGGAUCUCCCCUCCUGCCUCUUGACUUCCCCAACCCUGCACUCUGAAAAACCUCUCUGCACUUCUGGAAGCCUUCCUGAACAUCUAAAUUGUAUUCUGCACCUCUGCAUCUCUCCAGGCCCCUCCCCCCACCCCACCCCCACCCCGCACUUCUUCCUGCCUCUGGAAUCCUCUGUACCUUGAUUAACCCUGACCUCCUACCUUUCAUUGUCUUGGUAUCUAACCCAUUCUUUUCUUCCCUAACAUCUUUCCCCUUGCCCCUCCCCUGACCCCUCCUGAGCUUCCCUGAACAUCUUCACUCUCCUGCCGCCAUUUAUUCUGCAAAAACUGCAGUAUUAGGUCAGGCUGAGGGAGGACCUACGGUGUAGGGAGAGGUCUGCCUGGCUAGGGGCUCUGACUGUUCUCUACUGGGGACCACCUGGGCCCAGACCAUACUCCGACCCCGAUCCCUAAGGUGCCUAUUGGGUCGAAAAGUUGGCAAGCCAGGCCUCACCUGGGGGACUUGCACAAGAGUGGGAGUCCUCGUUCUGAACGUCCAGGGGGGAAGGAGUGCCGCAGCAGCUGAAGGGUCAGCCUGAGUUGACCUGCCCAUUUGGGCUUUUUAACCUCAGAGUUUCUGGUCUGAGGGGUUUGGGUCAUUCACUGGCUUUGUAAACAGUAGAAUUAAAACAGCAACAGGGAGGGGGAGGAAGGACCAAAGUUCUCAGCUGCAGGGAGCCUGGGAGGGUUGGGGGAGCUCUAAUUAUUCUCUAAGAGGAUGAGGGAGGUUUGGUGCACGCGACAGCCCUCUGAGGAGGCAGGGAGCCAGCUGUGAUGCAUUUCGGAGUUGGUGGGGUUUUUUUUUGUUUUUUUGUUUUGUUUGUUUCUUUCAAAAAAAAAAGUUGGGGGAAACUAAAAUUCCUUUAAAAAAAUCAAACUGAGUCUCCCUUUUUGUAUGCUGAAUGCUGCAUGAUUCUUAAACACCAAUAAACAGAAUGCAUGAGA